AUGAGGACAGUCUGCCUCUUGGGCCGGCUGUGCGCUCGUCGAGGUGCAACUCAAGCCCGUCCGAGUAUACCGAGGCUCGCCAACCCAGGUCUCGCUAGAUGGCAAUCGACUUUCCAACACGGCGGCCGCUCACAAUGGCAGAGUCCACCACCCUCCAAGUUUGUCCUCUACGCGGCCGCUCAAGGAGUCGCUCUCGGAACCGCUGCUUUUAUCAAACUUGCCGAAAAGGACGAAACGACCGAAUUGACUUCUGAAGAGCGCAUGCUACAAGUUUCACGGCAAGAAAUCCGCAAGUCCAAGGAUGAGACGAGUGGUUUCUUUACACGUUGUCGGAAUAACGUCACAUAUUAUGUCGACGUGUAUUUCUGGGAGCCAAUUUGCACAGGCAUCCGGUUUCUACAUUUGGUCGUCAUUUUUGUGCCGGUGAUAAUUACAGUUCCUGCCAUAUGGUUUGGUAGUCGCCAGCCGGACCGCGACAAUGAGAGAACCGGAACCAUUUGGUGGUACACCUUUUUGGUGCAAGCAAUGGAAUGGGCAGGUCCAGCCUUUAUCAAGCUUGGCCAAUGGGCCGCCUCGAGAACAGAUAUUUUCCCAACCGAGAUGUGCGACAUCAUGUCCAAGCUACACUCGAACGCGCCCGCCCACUCGAUUCAUGCUACCAGAAAGACGCUAGAAGCUGCCUUUGACGGACGGCCCUUUGACGACAUUUUCGAAGAGUUUGACGAGAAACCAUUGGGAGUGGGAGCUAUAGCCCAGGUGUACAGAGCAAAAUUAAAGCCCAGCCUGAGCGCACCGGCCGACACGGAUGUGCUGGAUUCAAACGGCAAUCUACGUCAAAAUGUUCGAAAACAGGUCGAUCCUCUGCUGAAAAGUACACCCAAGAGAGUACCGUCUUCAUAUGUCGCCAUCAAAGUCCUCCACCCCCGGGUCGAGCGGACAGUCCGACGCGAUCUACGCAUCAUGAACUUCUUUGCGUCUGCCUUGAACCUCAUCCCGACGAUUGAAUGGCUCUCGCUGCCAGAUGAGGUGGACCAAUUCGGCGAAAUGAUGAAGUUGCAAUUAGAUCUGCGCAUUGAAGCUGCCAAUUUGGUCAAAUUUAGAAAGAAUUUCAAGGAUCGCACAACCGCCUGGUUCCCGUUUCCCUAUCUAGAAUUUACUACGCGAAAUGUUCUAGUCGAGGAAUUUGCCCAGGGCAUCCCUUUGGCCGACUUUAUGGAGAAUGGCGGUGGCAUCUUUCAAAAGGACAUUGCCCAAGAAGGAUUGGACGCCUUUUUGCGCAUGCUCUUGCUCGACAAUUUCGUUCACGCCGACUUGCAUCCCGGUAAUAUCAUGGUUCGCUUCUAUGAGGCCAAGCAACCCAACAUUCCUGGUCUGAGGCAUCCUGGCCAGGACCCACACAAGCCGCAUCCCGAGGAACAAGACGAUGUCACGGAACAGAUCCUUGAGCGCCUACGACCCUACCGCAAACAAAAGGAUACUUCUGCUUGGCUGGCGGAGCUCAAGAAGAUCGAUGCCGAAGGCUAUCACCCCCAGCUCAUCUUUAUAGAUACGGGUCUAGUCACUGAGCUCAAUGCAACAAACCGCACAAACUUUAUAGACCUCUUCCGGGCCGUUGCCGAAUUUGAUGGUUACAAGGCUGGCCAUUUAAUGUGCGAGCGAUGCCGGCAACCUGAUGCAGUCUUGGAUAAAGAAGUCUUUGCCUUGAAGAUGCAACACCUUGUCCUCAAUGUCAAGAGUAACACUCUUGCUCUAGGCAAUGUCAAGAUUGGAGAUAUCCUUCAAGAGGUGCUGGGCAUGGUUCGAAGCCAUCAUGUGCGUCUCGAAGGCGAUUUUGUCAAUGUCGUUAUAAGCAUUUUGCUGCUUGAAGGCAUUGGCCGGGCUCUAGACCCCAAUGUAGACCUGCUCAGUAGCAGUCUGCCCAUCUUGAGAGAGUUGGGCGCCAGGGGUGGAGCACAAGCACUCAGAGGAGGUGACUUGCAUAUGUUGGCAAUCUGGGUUGGAUUAGAAGCGAGACGUUUCAUGCAAGCAAGUAUCGAAGAUGUCGAGAGAUGUGUCAAGUAUGACCUUUUAGCACCAAACGUUUAG